ACUCGCGCUCGCGCUCAAGCGUCCGUGCGCAGCCUCGUAGGAAACGUCAUGAGCGUCUUACUACCCAACAUGGCGGACUUUGAUACCAUUUAUGAGUUGGAAGACGAAGAGGAUGAGCACGUAGUAAGCGAGGAACACUUGCCUAGAUACUGUCCGGAGCCCGUGGUCAUGCGAGGGGCCGGCCACAUCACAGUGUUUGGACUGAGCAACAGAUUUGACACAGAAUUCCCCUCUGUUCUCACGGGAAAGGUAGCGCCAGAGGAAUUCAAAACCAGCAUCAGCAGGGUGAACGCCUGCUUGAAGAAGAACUUGCCGGUGAAUGUGAAGUGGCUUCUCUGCGGCUGCCUGUGUUGCUGCUGUACAGUAGGCUGCAGUCUAUGGCCCGUUAUCUGCCUCAACAAGAGAACGAGACGGUCCAUUCACAAGUUGUUAGAGUGGGAAAAUAACCGAUUAUACCACAAGCUCGGGCUGCACUGGAAACUCAGUAAAAGAAAAUGUGAAAGCAGUAAUAUGAUGGAAUAUGUGAUUCUUAUAGAAUUCUUACCCAAAUAUCCUAUAUUCAGACCGGACUGAGGAGCCUGUUACAGACUGGACGUGUGGCCCUUGAAUCUUCUCCUUAGUGCCUUGUAUAUAAAGUUUGUUGAAAUAAGGGUCUGCACUGGUGUCUGUCGUGGUGACCCCUCCGUACAUCUCCCAGUUUUCUUGUACAUUAGAAUUUGCAACAGUGUCACUUUGCUUUAGAGCAGAUUUUGCACAUUUUCCCGACAGAGCUCGACAUGUCUCCAUUGUUGCACUCAGACGUGUUUUUCUUUUUCUUUUUUUUGUUACAUGUGACAAAACAAGUGAAACUCUCAAAAAAGUGCAUUUACCCCAAAGAUCCAUCAAUCUGUAAUCCCAUCUGUUAUAUCAGUAAUCCCUUGCAAAGAAUGUGAUGCCUCCACCUCCCUUAAUUAAUCCUUGCCUUAUGUAUGAUUUUGUAACUCUGCGUGCAACACGAGGAGGAUGGGGCAUUGGGAAAUUCAGCAAGUGUGUACAUUUCAAUGCUGUUUGUUGGGUUUGAAUCCACUUCUUUGCAAGUCAAUGGGACAGUUGAGAUUGCCUAACGUACAGUGUACGUCCUCACCCUGUGUUUUCUUUACAUCUGACCCUCUGUACAUGGGAACUAGCUAGUAAAAGAACUUGACCUGUAAAUACCAUGUUAGGAUCAGCUGUACAGUGGUAUACCAUUGUUUACAUAAAGUUACUUAGCUCUUUAGUUUUUUGCCAAUAUAUUGCUGUACCAUAGUUUUGAUUAAUGAAAGAUGUCUAUGUACCUUUCUAGUUUAUAUGGACCUGUUUACCUUGUAAGCCAUAUAGUUAAUAUGUACACAAUGCCAGAGUCAGGACUGAUAAUUGCACUUGAGCCCAGUGAGAGUCAGGAUAAUGCAUCCUGCAGAUUCAUCCAGUGACAACAGCAGUGCAUGUUUCCAUAGGGGUUUGCCAAUAAAGAUGACAUUUAAUCACUUGUCAUCUGUUUAAACUGGAGAUGAAAUCUCUGAUGCGCAGUUGGAAGACGAGAACUGUCGUUAUCUGAUCAUUUUAUUCCAACUUUGCAUUCAUUUCUAUAGUUUUGUACCCUCCCUGUGCUGCGUUGGGUCCUGGUGUGUAAAGAAGCACAUGAAUCAACAGUACAUGGGGUAUUAUGAGCAGGUGGUUCUUUUGUUUCAGUCCACUGUUAGUAUUAUUUCUCUGAAUCUUUGUCGACAGACUGCUGCAUUGCGUUGUGUUCGAGUGCCUCUGGAGUCGUAGGUGAACCACAGAGAAGUACGGGUUGAAACCUUGUACAAAGGAGAGUUGAAAUCCUCCUCCCAGUAUUGUCCCUGUUACAAUUCUUGUAAAUGUUUGUCCUGAUCCCUAUUGGGAGAAAAUAAAUUCAUAAUUUUA